AUGGGAUUUUUGUAUCAGGUGCUUAAGGAUGUCAGCGAGAAACAGCCUUAUCAAGUGGGUAAAGAAACGUAUUUAAAAAAGGUUCUUGGUGAAAUAAGUGAACAAUUAUAUCGAGGCAAUAGCGGAUUUAAUAUUGCGCUUCCCAAGAUGCUUAGCAGGAUUGGCAAGUAUAAUGCUGACGUGCAACAGCACAAUGACAGCGUUAAAAAACCUACAGAGACAUUUUUGAGACGCUUAAAAAAUGAUUUCCCAAAGGAAAUUAAGAGAAUUCCAACUGACGAAAACCUCAAAGAAAUGAGUUCACAUACUGUCGAGAAUGCAGUGGCUCCUACCAGGGAGCUGUCCGGCAAGUAUAUUCAGUAUGGUAACGAUUUUGACAGGGCUCUUCAAAAAGCGAAAAAGGAGAUCAGCAAUCUCAAUUCGCAAUGUAAGAACAAUGUAACAACGGCGCAAAAACAGGUGAAGUAUGUGACUGAGAGGCUUGCGGCUUUGUCGACCAAGGAAGAGAGUGAUUUGAAAGCUGUCGAAAAUGAGAUUACAGAGACACUGAAUUCGCUUAAAGACGGUGUAAAUGUGAGAGUAAACAGAGAUGUCAGUGAACUCGUUAAGCUUUUAAAAGAUAAGGUAUCGGCGAUUUGGAAAUUGCUGGAGGAAAUUGAUAAGAAGCUCUAUGAGUAUGUCGACGCACUGCAAAAAUGGAUUGAUAAGGCGGAUAAAGAUGUAAAUCAGGCCAUAAGUAAAGCGGACGGAAUCGAACAAAAACUGCCUGGAGGCAAAAAUCGUGAUGAACUCAAUAGAAUUUCAAGCGAGUUGAAAAAAAGGAGCGAUGUGAUCUGGGAGUACAUUGGGGGUAUGAAAAACCAAAUUGAGGAAAACGUGAAAGCAGCGCUUAAUGCCGUGAAGGAUAUGGACGGCAAGCUGAAAGAGGAUUUGUAUGAAGUGAGGGAAGCAAUUAAAAAUGAUAUGGAUCUAAUUAAUAAUAAGGUGAAAGAAUUGGGUAAGCGUUUUACCGGCAUAGAAGACGGCAAUCAGAAUAAAAUCGCGGAGAUUGUGAAACACAUUAAAACAAAGGUUGGGAGUAUCACGGGGCAUGAUAGAAGCAAUACAGGUAUCCAACAGAUUGUUAGUGGCGCUUUCAAGUAUUCCGGUGGUUUCGGUCAAGGUACAAUGUUCUAUGGUACUGUUAGUAAUUGGGUAGACAACAUAGUGGCUCAAAAUGGUCUUGUAAAAAAAAGGAUUGAUGAGUACUUUGUCAAGAAUGAAGAUAAAUUAAUAAAAAGCUAUAAGAAUCAACGCGGCAAAGAGGCUGUUAAGCAAGCAAUCAAAGACGAGCUCAUGUUGGCGCUUACCACCGAGAUAGAUGAAGCCCACAAAUCGAUCAGAGUGCAAAGAGAUGGCAAGGUAUCAAACAAUGUCGAGUAUGUGAAACAGGUGUGUAAUGCAUUUGCUGCUAACGUUGAGAGAAGGUUUUCGGGACUGAAUGAUCAAAUGUACACCCUUAUAAAUAAUAUAACGGCUAAAGUGGAGAGCGGAGUGAGGGAAAGUCGCGAGCUCACCGACAAUUACUACCUUAAGCGUGCUAUUGAAUCGACUUCAUCUGCGCUAUUAUCGAAAGCAAGACAAUCUGCUAGCGAAAUUGACUCAUUCGCUCUCCUGGCAACUAGGGUCGGCGACGGAAUCCACAAAACCAGCAUCGCUGCGGAGAUAGAUAGACUCUACGGUGCGGCCAAUGAGCUUGACGGUGCUUUAAAAACGGCCAUUAAUGAUCGAACUACUAGCACCAAACCGGCCGAAGACGUUGACAAAGCCAUCGCCCAGGUAAUGAAAACGCUUGAUAAGCAGCUACCAGAAACUCUAAAUGGUAAUAAAGUUAAUCUUCAAGAGACAAGUGAGGCAGUAUUUCAGAGAUAUAAGUUGCAAGUCUCCCAAUCAGCAGAAAGCCUGGCUGUCGCAGAACGCGAUGCUGAAAAACUUGAAGGCACUCUCCCCGCUGCGAUCAAGAAAAUCCGUGACGACGCCUCUGGAUAUAACGUUACUGUUACCAAAGAAGAUCUCUCAAAAUGGUCGGGCGAAAUCACAUCUAAUCUGAACUCCCUAAUGUCCGAAUUCUCUGAAGUUGGCAAGGUCCUAAAGCAGCAGUUGACUAAGCUGAAGACAUAUAUUGGCAUGAAUCAUAAUAAAAGCGCAGCUGACGAUACGCUUCAGAAAAUUAAGGACAACCUUGAUAGCCUGCGAAGAGUCCAGCUGAAAGAGGCCCGUAAGUUCGCAGAGCAGUUUCUCACCUACGCCCAGGAAUUAAGUGUAAAGUAUGUCAAACGAAUUCAGGAGCACAUAGCUGAGCAAACAACAUGCGCUAUCACCACGCUAAACACGGAUGCCCGCAAACACUACAUCUCCACCAUCCGCGAACUGCUGACCGAUUAUGCCCAAAAGGUUCAGAGCGAGUUGAGCAAGUUGCCCGAAGAGAUUGACGACGACCUGAGAAGGGGCUACAAAGGCUUCGUGAAAAAGAUCGAAACGCAUCUCCUGCCGGGACUCACCAUACCGCCAAACACCCCGCUCAAGGACGCCGCGUCUACCCUCAAGGCCAAGCUCACCGCUUUCAUGGAACAACUGCAACAGCAAGCGGAUUUCAAGAAAUCAUUCGAGACCGUCAGACCGUCCCACACUGCGCUUCUCCAGUUACUUCAGCAGCUUAGCGAGUCCAAGCACUUCGGCCACCUCGUCCCUCCCAGGGUCAAUGCUCUGCUCGAUAGGCUCGGUGAGCUGUCGCCUAACAAGUACAAGGAGGAGGCACAACCCAUGCUAGACACGCUUAAAGCGGGGUACGGAGCGUUUGCUGAGGAACUAGGUAAAGCCUACGUCUCCGUCUACGACGGCGCUCGCAAUAUCAACUGGGAUCAAGCAAACAACCCGGAAACUACAUACUGCGCCAAGAUAUUCUUGACCGCAUUUGCCACAAUUUACGAUGCUGUGCACGACUUGAGAAUAAAUUGCAAUAGUCUGAAGGGACACCAAAUUCACUCGACCUCUGAUCUUGGCAGGUUGUUCCUACGGCACGGCUUCAGAGUAUCACACGGCGACAAACAGCACUGGGAGCUGCAAAACAAGAGCGUCAUAAACGGUGAAUACGUCGCCAACAGAAUCAGUUUUAGGGUUGACGCCGCGAAAGACAACGAGCAUCUUAAAAAGUGUGAGUCGAAUGAACGCAAGACGAACGUCCUCUUUAAUCUUUUUGACAUUCUCAAAUGCCUUCUGCGUCACGUCGACCAGUACAACGCAGCGUGUCACAUCGCUAUACUCCCCAAACCUAGAACGCCAUGUACCGUUUUCGAGAUGCUGGUGUGGCUUUCAGGGCUCACUUACACUUCCGCGUACCAGGCGCUGCUAUCAGACGGGUUCACCAACGUGCUUGAUAAUCCGGAUAAGCCGCUUGCUGGCGACGGAGAGAUCACCGUAUUUGACAUCGAGCAGUCGUACCUGGAGGCGCACCCGCAGAAGAUCACGUAUAAGAACAUACGGACGGUGUUGCAAUACCUUUGCUCGAAAUCGUACGAUUUGCUUACCACCGUUGUUGGCCACGGCGACGCGGCGACAUUCUACGCUUGCGACUAUUCGAAUAACACGCUGAAUCUGUACUACCCGAGCUCCGGCGAAGAUUGUUUGCAGAUGUUGCUUGACUUCCUGCGCAGAAUUCUGCAGCCGCUCAGGUAUUUGUUUGAACGAUGCAGUGUCGCAGACAAGAACUACGGAUGGGCCGACUGCCACUACGGCAGGGACGUACCUACGACCAAAUCGCACUGCAACAUCAAGCCAACGGACGAUGUAACGUGCCUACCAAACUGUCAACCAAAUUGCAAACCAAAUUGUCAACCAACAUCGCCAUUGAUGAACUACCUAAGUGACUCUCUACUCGGCUACCUGCCACAUAGAUUGGAGUCUGUUGGAUGCAAAUCUAAAUGCUCCACCUGCCCCUCCACAUCCAGGCUGGGAAUGCCGUGCGUCACACCGCUGGGUUUCAGGGCGUUCUCCGGGUCGACCAAAACAGGCCGUCAGCUAUGUGAGAUAAUUCGCGAAUUCUUAGGUAGUGGCGUGGUUUCAUCAUUGUUUGGCUUGUCACCAACUCCGCCGAAAACGCUGCCGGAGCAUUUCAGUUUCGGGUUAAGCUUGGUUAAUAAGUGGGUCAAAGUUGCAUCUUAUAUUACUGAUGCAGGUAUAAAACCAGUAUCACAAACUAAGAUUGAAGCAUCUAUUCAGACGCUCUCCAUUAAGCUCUGCACUGACACGGGUAAGCUUACCAAUGUACUUCGUGACGCUUAUGGCAGCAGUCAGCAUGAGCACCAAGAUCAAAAUCAUCUCGAAGUCUAUGCCGAUGUAUCUAGCCUAUGCAUGACUAGAAGUUGCACCGACAGGGAUAUGCGCUGCGCUCCAUACCUAUCCACACUGUGUUCGGACACGUAUCAAUACCUUGUUCAUAAGAACUUUGCCACGUACCUUACAUGGGCUGUCUACCUGCCGUGGGAUUUCUGGAAUCAACUGAAUAAUUUGUGUAACGCAUUCAAGAACAUUUUCUGCCAAGACUGGGGAUGCCAUACGUGUCUGCGUGCUGAGAAAUGUAAGCGUGGACAGCAUGGCCUCGUCGAGAAAGUUGAGAAUCAACCUGACAAGCCUCAUUGCAAUUGUCCAUCGAUGGUUCAGUGCAAGGGUGUAUCCGCAACACUGUACCAGUUCGGUUUCUGUUUUGGUAACGCGGCGACAUUAAAUAACGAGGCAUCGGCUAAGAAGUGUUCUGAUUUCUGCUCUCAGCUGGACAAGGUGUUGAAAUCGGAAUAUUUUGUUAAGCUGUUCAAAGAAUGUGACAUAUUCAUUUGGACUAUCAGAGAACCGUUCACCUACUUGGUUCUCGCGCUCUGGUCACUAUCCCUCUUCUACCUCAUCUGCGUCAUGGUUGGCAGACUGGAUGUGCUCCACAUCCGCUCACACCUGAGAUCACCAUCAUCGCACAGGAUAACGGCGCAGUCAUUGUUGGCUGCUGCGCAAGUCGGAAGGCUUGCCAAGAUAUCGUACCUUCAACCGUGA